CCCAUCCCUCCCCACUCCCCAUUCUUUGUCGGCCUUACCUACUCCGCCCCCACCGCCACCCCUUCACCACCACCAGAAACAAUCGCCGCCGCACUCUCCACUCUCAAAGGCAACUCCCUCCGCCUCGAAAACCCUGGCCCAACCGUCAUCCGCACCUUCCUCUACACCAACGUCUCCCUCCUCCUCGCCAACGAACGGCCAUCGCCGCCGCCGAAGGUCUCCGUCCGACUAAGGUCUCUUCGAGCUCGUGGCGUCGCCGUCUCUUCGAGCUCUCCUCGGUCGUCGUCUCCCUCUUCUCGCUCUCUGUUCGAGCACACUUCCCGUCCUCCGUCGCCGUCUCUUCGCAUUGGAUGUGUUUGUUACGGUCUUGGAGCUGUAUGGAACACUGCAAAAGUUGAACCAGGGUCAAUUGCUGCUGUUUUUGGCCUUGGAACUGUUGGUCUUGCUGUUGCAGAGGGUGCAAAAAGUGCCGGUGCAUCUCAUAUUAUUGGCAUUGAUAUCAAUGGCAAGAAAUUUGAUACAGCGAAGAACCUUUGGAUCACCGAGUUUAUUAAUGCUAAAGAACACGAUAAACCAAUUCAGCAGGUCAUAGUUGAUCUUACGGAUGGCGGAGUUGAUUAUAGUUUUGAGUGCAUUGGGAAUGUCUCCGUCAUAAGAGCUGCUCUGGAAUGCUGCCACAAGGAAUUUGCUCUGCAUUCAACAGUAUACACCAUACACACCUUUUUCUCCUCGGAUAUUGAAUCAAAGUUAAGAAGAAUUGAGGAUGACCCUGAAGGAUCUGGGACUUCCCAUUUGCAUAGUAUUAUUCAAGGAAUUGAUCAAAUUUUUGCUAAUUCUUUUACUGUAUGUUCAAUUUAAUUUUUCUGAUUUAUUUUUUGUUGCUAAUAGUUUGAAUUCUUUUCUAGGUUUGUUGUUUCCAGUGUUGCUAAGUGAUUACUUGAUUAUUAAAAGUUAUUGUUAUCAAAGCUGAGGAUCAAAAGGAACGAAUAUGUCAAGGCAAAGGAUAAAUUGACAUCACAACUCCGAAGUUAGUUUAGAGUUAGUUACAACUAAUUUUGGCUAAUUUUUAGCUCCUAGAAGUACUUGGUGUUAAUAUAUAUAUUAUUGUUUAGAACUGAGAUUGA